CAAAAGAUGGCGGCGGCUGAGGGCGAGCGGCCGGGCCCCGGCGGAGAGGCGGCGGCGGCUCCCGCUCCCGCUCCCAGUCCCGGCGGAGAGGCGGCGGCUCCCGCUCCGGGCCUCGGCGGAGAGGCGGCUCCCGCUCCCGGCCCGGGCCCCGGCGGAGAGGCGGCGGCUCCCGCUCCCGGCCCGGGCCCCGGCGGAGAGGCGGCGGCUCCCGCUCCCGGCCCGGGCCCCGGCGGAGAGGCGGCGGCUCCCGCUCCCGGCCCGGGCCCCGGCGGAGAGGCGGCUCUGGGCCCCGAGGACAGCGGCGACCUGCAGCGGACCGAGGAAGGGCUCAGGCGGCUGCUGGCUCAGUGCGAGCCCGGGCUGCUGUUGCUGCAGAGCCUGUUGGUGUGGGAGCGGCCGGCGCACAGCGUCCUCAUGCUGCUGGGCCUGAGCGGCGUCUUCUGGUUGUUUUCAUCCACUUCACUCCGCCCUAUCUUCCUGAUCAGUUCGUCUUUGUUGGGAAUUGUGCUGUUGGAUCAUUGGAAGAGUGGUCUUUUGGCCCACCUCAUAGUGCAACAUCCCAUGGAUGAAGACGGGAGUGAUGGAAAUUCCACAAGGCCUCGGCUUCUCAGACUGCCUGAUCUCUGCCACUAUCUCGCAGAGAGCUGGGUGGCCUUUAACCUCUACCUGAAAGAAGUGCUGGAGUACAAGAGACAGAACCCAGGCAAGUUCUUUCUGAAGAUGUGCAUGGGCUGUUCAGCACUGGCUGCAAUUGGACAUUAUAUCCCUGGAAUCAUGAUAUCCUACAUCUUCAUACUGAGCCUGCUCCUAUGGCCUCUGGUGGUUUAUCACGAGCUCAUUCAGAAGAUGUACACAGGUUUGGAGCCUGUGCUAAUGAAACUGGAUUACAGCAUGAAAGGCAGCACUCAGCACCGGCAAAGAGACAGGAAGAAGAAACUGAUGUUGAAACCAGAGAGCUGCGAUGAGCCAACAGCGGAGACAGAGAGUGAGAGUGAGGCCGAGCUUUCCUGCUUUAAUUCUAAGGUAGAUGUCAGGACAACAGCUUUGGCCUUUGCAAUCACAGACUCAGAGUUAUCAGAUGAGGAGGCUUCAAUUCUGGAGAGUGGAGGAUUCACAGUGUCUCGAGGAACAACGCCACAACUUUCAGAUGUGUCGGAAGAUCUGGAGCAGCAGAGCCUGCACAGUGAACCGGAGGAAGCUUUUGCCAGGGACCUUCCCGAGUUUCCUUCCGUGGAAGAGCUGUCUGGUGACGGGAGCCCCGCUCACAUCUUGCCCCGACUCACCUCAGAAUCUGAUGUCAGCACUCGAGACUCACAGUUCUUCGCGGAGACCCUGACCUCCCCUCUGCACUUUGUAAACACCCAUUUCAAUGGGAAUGAGGCAGCGAGGAGCCAAGCAAAGACUGGCCAAGCUCCAUCUCUCAGUUCAUCCUUACAGAGUUUCAGUGAGGAGAUGGUAGCCUCUGCAAUCACCACAGUGGUUCGGAACACACUAUCCUCUCUUCUCUCCAACCCUCUAACAGACAGCCACACAGAGAGCUCGGAAUUCCUGCCUGCGGAAUUAGAUCAGAACUUCCAGACAACGUCAGAGUUGGGACUGAGUGAGGUGGAACCUCACCAGGAGGAGGUGGAUGAUUUUGAGCUACUCGACCAGGGGGAGCUGGAUCAGAUGGACACAGAGCUCGGCCUCACUCAGCAUCUCAGGGAAUCGAGCACUUUGCAGGGCACAGCACCCGAAGUGCAGAAGGAGAGCUAGUGUCAGCCACAGGCCCAUGUACUGGGUCACUAAGAUAGACCAGUCGUGGUCCUCAGAGUGUGGUGCCAGACCCUCAGCAUGUGGCACCAGCCCCUCACUGUGUAGUCCAUUCCCUGCUCCCUCUGUGAUCCCUCAGAAAGUGGCACCAGUCCCUCCAGUGUUGGCACUGGUGUUUCAGCAUGUGGCACCAGUCCCUAACUGUGUAGCUCCAUUCCCUGCUCCCUGUGUGGCACUGACCUUUCAGUCCUGCAGCUUGUGGCAUCAGUCUAUCUGUUUGUGGCAACAGUCUGUCAGUCCCUCUUGUGCUAGGACCCCCAGUCGCUCCAUGCUAGGAGGACCCAGCCCCUCCGUAUGUGGUCCCAGACCUCAGACCCUCUGCACUGAGACCUGCAGUCCCCCUCCACUCUGGGACUCUUCUGUCCCCCUCCACGCUGGGACCCCCCAAUCCUUUCACUCUGGGACCACCUGGCCAUGCUGGAACCCCCAGACCCUUCGUAUUUGUCCCCGGACCUUAGACCCUCCGCACGAAGAUCUGUAGCCCCCCUCUGCGCUGGGACCCCCCGUCCUUCUGAGCGAGGACCUGGACCUCAGUCCCUCCGCAUGUGGCCUCAGCACCUCUAUGUAUUGUACCAAUCCUCUGGUCCCUCUGUGUAUCUGCAGUGCACUGCUGGUCCCUCAGUUUCUGGCAUCGGUCCCUUAUGCCAUCUGUGAAUGACUGGUCUCUUGGUAUCUGCAUCCCUAUUAAGGAGCCUAUUCAGUGUGUAGGUAAUUUCCCCACUUCCCCCCCCAACCCCAUUUAACCUGCCUUAUCUCUUCCAUCAACAAGAGUAGCAGCAUAUUCAACAGGUUGUGAAGUUCCAGAUUGUUUCCAGGUUAUUGACACUUUGCAUGUUGUGGCAGCAGAACGGGCUCAAGCUUUGUCCCUGGCCAGUGAUCCAUCAGCAGCUCCACACCCAAAGGCUGGAAGUGGACUCACUUCUCCCGGGGUUAAGAGGGCAAUCAGUAGCCUUGUUUCCUGUUCCUGAUGCUUAGCUAUGGUUUCCAGUCUACACUGAUGGGUCUUCAGGGUAAAACUUGUAAAUGUAUGCCAAGAUAAAUGUUGGGGGUUAACGUGGAUCCCUCCCUAAACUUGGGGACCAGAUUAGUGAUUAUGGACACAGGUCUGAGGUAAGGACUGGCAAUUCAGGACCUGGGAUGGAGAUUGAGAAUUUUGGGGCAGAAAAUAGGGAUUGGGAAUUCAGGGUUUGAGCCAGUGAUCAGGAAUUUGGGAUUGCAGAAUUAGGAUCAGGCAUUCAGGGGCGCAGGCAGCGAUCAAGAGUUUGGGGAACAAGAUAUAGAUUAAGAAAUCCGGGUUCCAGGAAUGUAAUCAGGAAUCCUGGAACUUGAAAUCUGGAUCCUAGGAUUGGGAAUAAAGACCCAACUCACGAGUAGAAGAUAGCCUCAUCCGUGGUACUGAUGUGUGAGCCCCUCUCCGGGUCUCCUUCCUGAGUUUCAGGGGCCCCAGUUCAAAGGUUUUAUUUCAAUGUUCUUGUGAAAUUCUGUUUUCAGUGUAAUUUUGAAUCAUUAUUUAGUGCACAUUCAUGUUUACAUCCAGGAGAGGGAUCAGUAGGCACACCUCUUGAGCACUACCUGUCUUUCCCUAUCUCGGGGCAGGAAAAGGUGAAUUAGACAUGUGAUGUCUGAUGGUCACAGAUUUCUUGUGGGAUCUUUAAAAGAUGAUGCUGGAGCUGGCUGAGACAGUGAGCCACUGGAUUUAAUGAAUGAGAGUCAGGCCCUGGGACAUAGUUCGCAUUAGAACCCAGUCAUUAAGUUAAAUGUAUUUAUUUAUCUAAUCAACUAGGCAAUACAGGUAAACUGGUUAGAACCCAGCUCUCUACCUGCUCAUUACUAAACAUAAUCUGCUCUGUCAAUACACAAAAAGCAUUUUUCUACUUAACUGUAGUAAAGAAUGUGUUUGUAAACAACUAGCAUGGCUCAGAAAUCUCUUUCUCAAUCUUAAAAAGGAACCAGAACAUGUUAGCUUCAAGGGUGGUUGCAGGGGAGCAGAGCUCUUUGGGAAGAGAGGAUUUACCACAGUGGUCGCAAGGUGAUGGAUUUCACUUAUGUGGAGUAAUUGGCAGAGAAGAUUGAGAGGAGAUUUCAAGAAAAUCUUCAAAAUUAUGAAGCGCCAAAAGGAAACUAUUCCCAUUGGUGGAAGGAUCAGAUCCACGUCUCCCACUCCCAAGGUGAUUGGUGGAAGAACUACUGGUAAAAUGAGAACAUCCUCACAGUUCAGCUACAAUUUCCAUGAGACACACUCUAGGAAUGAUGUGAAGGCUUUGGAGAGGGUGCAGGAGAUUUGAUGCAGAAAAUGAUGUCUGGUUACACUUCCUGGAAUUACACAUCAAACAAUCUUUUGGAUGAGGUACUGAAGGAGCCUAGCUGGGAGGGUCUGAGCCUGACAGCACCUUCUCCUCCUCCUCCGGGUGUUGCUAACCCAGAGAUCCUGUGCUAAUCAGAUCCAGAUCUGGGCUGAGCUGCAGACCCAGAAAGGAACUGGUUACCAUUAAUUUCAGUUUAGAUCUUUUGGGAAAUUACAAAUGUUACUA